UGCUCAGAGAGGCGGGGUUUCUAGGUGUCGUGCAGCUGCGACGACGCUUUACGGCCAGCGGGGCCGCGAAGAAGCUGUCGGACGACAGAGGUUUAUGAAGGAAGGGGACGAGGUGUUUGGACUAGGCCGCAGCCAUGCCAUUCUUCGAUAUUCAAAGCCGGCUGGGCAUCAAUGUUGACAAAUGGAUGACAAUUAUGAGUAGUGAACAACCUUACAAAAUGCCAGCCCGAUGCCAUGCUUUUGAGAAGGAAUUCAUCGAGUGUGCCCAUGGAAUUGGUAUGACCCGAGCCAAGAAAGAAUGCAAAUUGGAAUAUGAAGAUUUCAUUGAAUGUUUGCAUAGGCGGAAAACGAUAGAACGCAUGGGAAUGAUCAUGAAGCAGAAGGAGAAGCUAAUGAAGGAAGGGAAGUAUACUCCCCCACCUCACCACUCGGGCAAGGAAGAGUCGGGGCCUUGACCAGCCAGUGGUGACAUUGAGUGGUGUCACUCUUUAUGAUGGGAUGAAAGUAUACCCUGUUGUCCAUGGGAAAGGCCGAUUUCUUAAAACAGAUGCCUCCUUCCAAAGGUUACAAAUCAGAGCAUGAAGCCAUCCUGCUUUCCCCUGUCCCCGGUUCUCUCUGUCCUUUGCCAUUAAGACAACCACACCAGGCAAGUUGGUGGCAGUGGUUCACCCUUGAAUAUAUGAUUUGUGAUUCUGCCUGUAUCUGAAAAUAAGCAUUUUGGAAAGUAAACAUGUACCAGUGUA